UAUGCAGCCACCACAGACGAUACACCCCUGUAGACCGAAAGGAAUCUUCUGAAAAUGAGAGUACUUAGCGCUGUCUUUGUUUUGGUGCUGUGUGUGUGCAGCGGAGCACGAGGUGUGCAGGUUAAAGUUGGAGACAGGAGCUUUCCCUUGGAAGCGGUGAAGCAGCUGAAGGAGCUGAUGGAUUUACAUGACGAGACUCACCGUCACCUUGGACAAACAAGCGCUGUAGCUGUUUGCCGUGACCCUCUCUUACCGCAGGUCUUUCGGCCGGUGUGCCAAGACAUGGGAGCUGGGAUUGUUUUCUCAAAACUAGCGCUCAUCAUCACAUCUACGGAUCCCUGUGAAAUAUGCGCCAACCCCUCCUGCUAUGGAUGUCUGGUCUGAGGCUGCCAUCUGUUAGACACACACACAAACACAUCAUGCUCUGUAGUUCUUCCGCAUCUAUAUGUAUGAGGCUUCCAUGAGGAUUACAAAACUGUCCCGUCACCCAGCAACCAGAUCCAAGUGUCUUGCGACUCAACCUACUGGUCAACAUACCAGAUUUUGGAUAAUAGUUACAUGAAAAUUAUUAAAAAUUGUUAUUUGCCAUUUUAUAUGCUUUUAAGUAUUUUGUAAGCAAAACCCUUGAACUUUUAAUGUGUUGAAUAUGAUGCAGCUUCUUGCUGGUACUAAUAUAAAUGCAUUUCUGCAUUGUUGAAACUUUUAUACGGACAUAAACUCACAGAUGCCUGUACACAAAUCUGCUUCAAAGCUACUGAAUAAAAAUAGAUAUGAAAACUAUCACAAGUACUAUUUACAUUCAAGAUGUUUUUUUUUAGAUUAAUCACUUUAAAAUAAAAUUGUAUCAAAUAUAUCAAAACAUGACAUGCACUUGCUCCUAAUUUGAGUUCUUUGUUAUCUGCGAAAUAAACAUAUUUUGAUCUGCA